AUGCUGGUCAGAGUGCAACUUGUGACCUUUACUGCUGCUUCAUUGAGCGCUUUUGUGUUACUGGCAUGUCUCCUAGUAAUGGUGCACAUCAAGAAAGAUGUUCAAGAUGCAUAUAAACAAUUGGACAUCGAAAUGCAACAUUUCAAGAUAAUCACUAACGGUUUAUGGAAUGAUUUGAUCCUGCUCGGUCGUAAUCCUUUAAAAUUUCGCUCAAAACGGCAAUAUGGCGAAAGUUUGCAAAGUACGGACCAAAUUAAAACAGAUCAAUUCUUCAAACCCUUAACGAAUUCACUGUUUCCUAUUGUAAUUGGUGAUCACAAAGGAUUAAGUUUUCCACUUGACGAACCACAAUUUACCGAUGUUUGUAAAUGCGCUAAAGAGAAUGCGUGCCCAGCUGGACCACCAGGACCACCAGGACUAAAAGGACAUGCUGGAUUGAAUGGCUUAUCUGGAGUAGCUGGGCAACCUGGAAAGGAUGCUGAAAACAUUUCAUCGCUUCACAGAGAUGAACCUUGUUACUUCUGUCCUCGUGGGCCGCCUGGGAUUCCAGGAGCCGUUGGAAAACCUGGGUUGAGAGGAAUUGUAGGAGCAAAAGGUCGAAAUGGAGUUCCUGGUAGGAAUGGACAACCAGGAUCUCCUGGAGAACCUGGGCUAUCUGGACCUGCAGGCAAAGAUGGAGAAGUGGGUCAUCCAGGCUCUAAGGGUUCCGAUAUGUAUCAUUCAGUCGGUCGUCCUGGUCCAAAAGGCGCAACAGGAUUACCAGGACCAGCAGGACCAGUAGGUGAUAAAGGUACUGAAGGACAAACUGGGAAAGCUGGUUUACCGGGGUCUCCAGGAAACAUUGGAGAGCCUGGUCUUCCUGGUUUUCAAGGUGCAAUAGGAUCAGAUGGCUCAGAAGGACGGCCUGGAAAAGAUGCUGAGUACUGUCCAUGUCCACCUAGACGAUCCGAUACCAAAUAUCAUCGAAAUAAAGACCAGAAAGCAACACCAACAACGCUACUUCAGUUUGAUGACAUAUACGGAAAAGUAGUCAAUGAGGACUCUGCAAACUGA